GCCAGCGCUCCCCUGGCCACACCCUCCGCCUGGACGCCGCCACCGCCGCUGCCCUCGCCGCACGAGGCUGCCGGCUCGGGACCCCCAGCUCUGAAUGGCUGCUCCUGGAAGCCUGGUUUAGUCGGAUGCUUCUUGUUUUCUUUGGGGACCUGGAGAGGAAGAGACAGAGUGACUGCUGGGGACUCCCACUUCUGAGACCCUCCCCCUGGCUUCCGUCUUUCCCCACAGCCAGUGGUCAGCCCCGGCAGGUGUCCUUGAAGCCAGAGGUGCCUGCUCAGGAUGUCGCCCUCUGAUUGCCUGUGUCUCAUCCUCGCUGGCCUGAUUCUCCCAGGACUGACAUUGGAGGCCACAAACAUUUCUCUACCAGGUUCAACUACUGAGAACAUUCAUGUCCUGACUCCAGCCCCAGACACAGUCCACCCAGAACUCCAGCCCACCCCGCAGACUUCAACCCUGCAGGCUGAUGACGCGACCCCCAACCAGAUGGAGACCCAGACCCAGCAACCUACGGGAAUGGAUGUGCUUCUAACAACAGAUCUGGGGGCGGACGAGAGCAGGACGCAAGGCCCCACACCCGCCAAGACACAAGGUCCCACACCCGCCAAGACGCGGGGUCCCACACCCGCCAAGACAAGAGUCCCAAGCAAAGACGUCAGGAGGGACUCCGUCCUCGAACUGAAUGGUGCGAGUGAGGACGAUCCCUUCUCCUAUGACGAGGACUCCCUCCGGAAACGGGGGCUGUUGGUGGCAGCCGUGCUCUUCAUCACAGGCAUCGUCAUCCUCACCAGUGAGAACGGGGCUUGGGCAGGAGGGGCAUCAGGGCUGGGAGGGCCUUGGCAUGCCCGCUGACAGAGGGGUGGCAAAUGUAGGCAGUUGCCCCGACUAUGCCGGAAUCACGGCAGGUGAGUCCAUCGGAAGUGGGGGCUGAAGACCCGACGGGCACCCCGAGACAGCUCCCAGCAGCUCACCAUGCCUGGCCUCCUCCCUCCCCUCACAGAACCUACAGAAUAGUCAGUAAGGCCCAGCCCGAGAGGGAAGACGUGGAUGGAGCCAGGGCGUCCUGAGGCCUCUACUCUCCCAGCUCUGCCUACCCUGCCUGGCUCCCAGGCCUUGAUGCCCAAGUUACCACUUCUGUUCAGACAAGAAGUAAAGCACUGUGGUCUUUG